CAGGCGCGGCAUGAGCUCUGCCCGCGGCGGCAAGGGGAGCGAUACAGCUGGCCCCCCCGGCACGAUAAAGGGUUUUGGUCGAAGACAGAAACCGGUCAACGCUGGAAACACUGCUCUGGGCAAAGGGUUCGACCUCAUGGAGGACGAUCCGGAUUCGAGAAAGAAAGUCCUCAUCGGGGGGUAUGACCCGCAUGGGUUUCAGCUUGGAGACGGCGUGGACGUGAGGGGUUCGAUGAUCUGCAUGCCUAACUCGUUCGUCCUGUGGCAGCCAAAGCGGCCGUCGGACAUAACGGUUGAGAGCCUCCGCAUCGUGGAGCUCGUGAUCCCGAAGAUAGAUCUGAUAAUUGUAGGCGUGGGGGAGAGAAUGACGGCUAGGCUCGACCCGGUGCUGGUGAAGCACCUCGCGUCAAAGGGGAUCCGCGUGGAACAGAUGGACACGGUGAAUGCGUGCUCUACGUUUAACGUGCUAAAUGCCGAAGAUCGAAGGGUCGCGGCGGCUCUUCUCCAGUUGUCGCCCGAGGAGGAAAGCAUCCUCUCCAAAUAGAGUAGUCCAGUCCUGGGGAUUAGGUGCAAAAUAGCUCGAAUAAUAAUAGUUUGUUUCGGCCACCACGAAGAGGAAGGCUUCCCUUCUUGCGCGUUAAUCUCCGCUAUAUUUUUGCUCUUCUGUUAACCGUGGCAUUGUGAGGAGAGGGUCGCUGAUUGGUGGCGGGUGGGGCACGCAUGUGCACGACCGCAUCGUCGGGAACUUCGGGCUCGACGGGGAAUCCGAUGCGCGUUCCUUUCCUUUCGGAGCGUCUAAGUGGGGCGGUGACGGCGGUCCAUUCUUCCAAAGGACAAACAAAAAAAUACACAACCCAUUACCCUUGAUUGGUUUUGGCCGAUACGACACUGACAUGCCUCACGUGUCUCGCCACCUGUCUUUUCUUGUUGCUUGGUCGGGGCGGUUUGGCGCGUGGUUGCGUAAAGCAUCUCUCGUGUUGUUCACCGUAGGAUUUGGGUGAGGAAACACAGCGGCACCUGGCAAGUGCAGGAUGCACCACGUCUCUCCGCGCUUGCCGUUGUAUGUGUUUUUUUCGAAACCGCUUCCACUUGAUUUCGGUCGGUCCCACAAAGACACCGGUGGUGUCCUUCUUUUGUCUCUCUCAACGACUCCCCCAGCGUGAUUUCCCCACUAGAAACGCUUAGCCCUCAUCUCCUCCCCUUCUUAACUCUCUUCAGCGCGAUCGACCCACGUCCGGAACAUGGCGACUUAAGAUCGUUCCCGGUGGCGACUGUGGUCGACAGAGCGCAGGAAUUGACCGUUCGUCCAGAAGAGGCAGAAAAUAUCCCGCAUUCCGCAUACACACACAACAAGAAGCACCUGGUUACGCCGCAUGUGGCACAUGCGGCGACCUUUUCUCUCCACGCACCAAGCAUUGUUGCGAACCAGGCGGCAACUCCUAUUACCAUGGGACCUCGACGACGUCAGCAGUGCCCUGGAUCAGGUUCGACAAGAUACUCUUGAAACGUCAAUUUUUUCGACAGUCAAACACAUCGAUCCGCAACUGGCGAAAGUAUUUUGCAAACACUUCCAACAUGUCGUCAUCCUCUUCGUGCAAGCACUUGGAGCUGUACACAUAGAUCAGCAGAAGUCAGAUACCUCAGAUCUGUCUCCUCUUGCAGCGGAAAGAUAUGAAGUAGCACGUGUUGAAAGACAACUCCAACUUGUCCGAGCAACAAAGUUGCUUCAUCUUACCCCAGCAUUGCAUGGAUCGACUGAUGGAAGGAUGAACAGGGUAUCCCGAUUUAACCGCUUUGCAAAUGGUGAUCUGAGUGAACCUAUCGCCUGGCUCAUGAUGUACGAGAAGAAUCGUCGACUUCAGUAUUAUGCGGAUACUGAAGACAAUCGCCAAAGAAGAGCCACAAGACUUGCGCACGAAAGCGGAGGCAUCACUAAAGCUGCCAGUGCCUUAAUUUCCCCAGCACCUUCACCGCGCAACAACGACACGCUGGAGCAUCUUCGCAACCUACACCCUAACGAAGAUCCUGACGAUAUUGCUACUGCGUGGGAUUCCAGCAUCAAAGUUGCGGGAGAUCGUAUAAAAACGCACAAGAUCGACUCCGUCGCCGAAGCUGAUGAACCAUUCGAAAUCAAGUUCAUCAAGCAGACGGUAAAGAAAGCCAACCCUCAGAGUGCUCCGGGGCCUGAUGGUCUUCGUUUUUCGUAUCUCCAAGCUGGUGGGAUGAGUGAUUUUUUUACUGAAACCUUGGCGGACUUCAGCUUUAAAGUCUUCUACUACGGAGACGAGCUUCCGGAUUUCUUUUGGAACCUCCACACCAGUGCCAACCUU